CGCUGUCCAGCCGUGAGUCCGACGCCGACCUAGGGCGGGGGCACAGCCGGAGCUAUGAGCUGCCGCCCGCAGCCCGCAGCCCAGUGACACCGCUGCAGGGGCGAGCGCAGCCCCCGACGCCGGGCACGAUGCUGCGCUACCGGGGGGAGGAGUGGGACGAGAAGACCCAGCUGCGGGAGCUCAACUCCCGGCUGCGGCUCUACGUGUCCCGGGUGCGGGAGCUGGAGCAGGAGAACCGGCUGCUGGCCCAGGAGGUGGCCGAGCUGCAGCAGCAGGAGCUGGCCGGGCUGCGGGGCCCCCAGCAGGAGGUGGCCGAGCUGCGGGGGCGCGUGGCCGAGCUGAGCCGGGCCAAGCGGGAAGCGGAGCUGGAGCGGGACGGGCUGCGGCAGGAGCUGGGGCAGCUGGAGCUCCUGGGCGCCGAGGUGCUGCAGCUGCGGCGCCGCCUGGCGCCCGAGCUGGCCGGGCAGCGGCAGCUGCUGGAGCGGCUGUGGGGCGAGUGCGCCGCCCUGGAGGAGCUGCUGCAGGGGCUGCGGGCCGAGCACGGCCGGCUGCUGGAGCGGCGGCGGCGGGAGGCGGGCGAGGUGCGGGCGCUGCGGCUGGACCUGGCCGCGCUGCCGCCGCCGGCGGCCGGGCUCAGCCUGGAGCAGCUGGAGGAGACCUACGAGCUGGUGCUGGGCCAGGCCUGCCGGGAGAGCCUGCUCCGCUACCAGGGCCAGCUCCGCGCGCUGCAGGAGCGGGAGGCGCGGCUGGGCCGGGAGAGCCUGGAGCAGCUGCGGGCCGAGGGCGCGCGGUGCCGCCUGCAGCUGGAGGAGCUGCAGCGCCAGGGCCAGCAGCUGGGCGGCCUGGGCCGGCGGCUGGAGGACGAGCUGCUGGCGCUGCAGGAGCUGCACGGCGCCGAGGCGGACGAGUACCAGAGGGUAAUUGACGCCCUAGAAGACGAAAAGCAAUUCCUGACUGUGUCCAUCAUGGAUUACCUAAAGGACUACAAUGAACUAAUGCAGGUGAAAGUGGGACUCAGCCUUGAAGUUGAAACUUACAGAACUUUACUAGAAGGGGAGAGCAGCCAAUGGAUGAUUACAUGGAUUGAUCAGCAGGGGAGAAAAAUACCACAAGGUGUCAGAAAUACAUCUUAUGACUACCCUAAUAGUUACUCAGCAUACCGAGAAGAAAAGAAAAAGAAAAGCUUUCCGAUUAUCAAGAGUGCUGACACUAGACAUAAAACACCAGUAACAAAUAUUCGCAGCUCUGCACUUUAUUCAACUCAGACAAGGCGUGGUGGACCACGGACAACAGAUAGUGGAAAAGUUUUAAGAAAAGAUGUUCUUAAUUCAGAAUAUCAUCCAUCAACCACUAUUGAAAAGGAUGCCACUUAUGAAAGAAUUAUGAAGGACCAUAGAGAGUUCAAAACCUUUACUCCCACAUACGGUCUUUGGGGAGACACUAAAAUUCAGCAAAAAACGUUUCCUGAAAGAAAGAGAACAGAAGCCACAACUACUUCGGCAGUUUCUUUUUCAAAAGAAUUGACAAGUGUUCAAAGUUCAAACAAGGACCACAAAGUUGACACAAGGUCAGGUGUUUCUGAAAGUACAAGAACAAAACCAGAUAAUUUUACUAAAUUUCCAUCUUACGAGCUGAAUUCCAAUUUUAAACAAACCAAAUCCGAACAAGCCCUAGAUGACACUCGUACUAUAUUGAAAGAAAAAACAAAAGGAGACAAACCAGUUAAAGAGGGGGAAAAUGGCUUGUUAGAAGAAAAAAAUAAGCAACCAGUCAACGAGGAAAGAAUUAUUGUCUUGGAAAAAAAGGAAAUGGAUGAUAAACCCAGUAUGGCAGAAAGAAGUGUUAAUUUUGGAAAGACUGAGGUUAAACCAGAGCAGAAAACACGCAUAAUGGAAGACAUGAUUAUUAAUGAUAACAAAAAGAUUUUUUCAGGAGUCAGGAGUAAGGAAGAUAGCACUGCCAAAGAGGAAAAAAAUGUUACAUGGGAAGAACAAACCAGAGUACAUAAAUCAGCCAGAGAGGGAGAAUUUUUUCUCCCUGAUGCAAAUAUUAAAGAAGAUGAAUUAACCAAAAGGAAUACAAAUGUGUUCUUGGAAUCAGUAAGCAAGGAGGCUGUUGAGAUUCCCAUCAGUGUUGAAAUGUAUACUCCAGACAAAAUAUUGCAGAACAGUAACACAGAAAUAACAUUUCAAGGCUUUAAAACAUCUGUAGGAAGAGAGACAGAUGAACAGACAAUUAAACCUGUUGAAAUUCUCAAUGUGAAUGUUUCAGAAAAAGAACCCAAUUUGGAAGAUGAACAUGGAAUUAGUGACAAAAGUAGCCCUAGAAUGGGUACUUUGUCAACUGAAAACAUAGCAGAAACUAUUGUCGCUGAUAUUCUUAAAAGUUUUGUUCAGUCUUCUGGUUCAGAAACAACUCCACAUACAAAAGUAAACUACCUUGAAAAGAAAAAACAUGAUGAUGAGAAAGAGAUGACUGAAAUCACAGUACAGUCUCAAGUUCAAGAAGAAAUAUCGAUUUCUGAUGAAGUUGAUCUUGGAAGUCUAUUAAACAAGGAGGGCAAAGUGGUUCUGGAAGACGCUAAGGGAAUUCCAUCCACAGAUGUGAUAGAAGAUCUAAUAAAUGUUCGCCUGAAAGGAAGGGACCGUGUAGGCAAAGUGUCUGUGAAUGUUGAGAUUGUUGAGGAGCCACUAGAAUCUGCAGCUGAUGAAAGGAGUGAAUUUUCAGCACCAUUUGAAGUAGAGGAAGUAGAGGAUACCUCACCCAGCAUGGAGCGGCAUUAUGGUGAUGAGGGGGAGCAGACCAUCACAGCUGCAGCUGAAGAUUUUAAAAAGAAAAAACAAUCCAGUGAGAUCCUCACCCAUGUGGAAGAAGUAACCGAGGCAGACGACUCAGUUGAUGAACAAAGAUAUUUUGUAUCUACUCCAGAUGAUUACCCUUUGGGUCAUGGAAAAGAUGAGGACUCAGUGUAUGGGCAAAUUCACAUAGAAGAAGAAUCGACUAUUAAAUAUUCUUGGCAAGAUGAAUUUUUGCAGGGCACACAAAGAAGAAAAGAUGAUAGCAUGAGCUCACCAGAACAAACAUAUCAGGUUGUGGGAGAGGAAGCAAGUGCCUAUGUUUUAAAUGAGGAACAUCCAAAAGGUGAAGCAUCACAUGCAGAAUCCAUUGUUAUUGAGAAAGAGAUUAAAAUACCACAUGAAUUUCAGGCCUCAAUAAAGGGGCUUUUAUUGAAGGAAACCAAGGACCCUAAACAACAGUUGAAAGAGGCAUUGGAACAACUGGAGGGGAGUCUUCCAGAAAGCGUGAAAGAGGAACUAGCUGCAUUAACGAAAGAAAAUCAUGCUGACUCCAGUAGCCUGGCAGUUGACAUCAAAAAAGUUGAGCAAACUAAUGAAGAUGGUUUAGUGACGAUUGUGGCUGAAGUCAAUCUGUCCCAGACCCUUGACACUGAUCAGUUUGAUAUUGCACAGCUUGGUGGAGUCAUCACAAGUGAGAUUGAGAAGGUGUCACUGAAGUCCCCAAAACAAGAGGGCUUUGAUGAACGUAAUGACCCAGAUUUGGAAAGAUGGACUCAUGGUAAAAGCAAUAUAGAAACAGACAUUUCUCCAUCCAGUAAUAAAUCCACUCCUUGGGCUAGCCAAGGGGUUUACAGCUCAUCCAGUGUAAGAAGUAAUGAUGGCAUGGAAUAUCAUUCCACUGAACAAGUUAUUCAUGAAGGUCCAGUUUCAGAAGCUAUAGAAUUUGGUAAUGCAGAAGAAGUCUCUCAGUCACAGAUAUCGACUGAUAUUAACAAAUCUUUAAGGCAUAUUAAAAUAGGUCCAACAGAAAUUCGGAGAACUGAGCAGGUCAUAUAUGAAGGGCCCAUUUCUGAAACUCUGGAACUUGGUGGUAGGGGAGACCUUGUUCCGACAGAAGGCUCAUUGGAUAUUGGUAGGUCUGUGAAGCUUUUUAAAAUGGGUCCUAAGGAAAUUCAAACCACUGAAGAAAUCAUUUAUAAAGGGCCUAUUACUAAACCUGUAGAGGUAGAUGAACCUGAAAACCUUGCUCAGCCACAGGUUCCAACUGAUGUUAAUAGGUCCAUGAGGCAUAUCACAGUAGGUUCACCGCAAAUUACUGAAGAUCUCAUUUUCAAAGGGCCCACUUCAGACUCUUCAGAGCUCAAUAGCUCAGGGGAUCUCUCUCCUAUGGAAGGAUCAACGGAUACCAACAAAUCAGUAAGGCACAUUAGAUUAAGUCCAAAAGAAAUUCAUACAGAACAAGUAAUAUUUGAAGGGCCCAUUUCUGGAAAUGUGGAGCUCAGUGGCACAGGAGAGCUUUCUCAGACAGGAAGUUCAAUAAGGCACAUUAAAUUAGGACAAAAAGAGAUUCAUUCCACUGAGAAAAUCACAUACGAAGGGCCUCUUUCUGAAACAGCAGAGCUUGGCAGUACAGGAGACAGCUCUCACGUGGAGCAUAGAUCAGAUACUAAUGCAUCUAUCAGGCAUAUUAAAUUAGGUCCCAAAGAAUUUAUGACAACUGAGCAAAUCAUCUACCAGGGUCCCAUUUCUGAACAUCUGGAGUUCAGUGAAUCGGGAGACCAUUUUCAUUCAGAAGGGUCAAUAAAGCACAUUACAUUAGGUCAAAAGGAAAUUAAAACUACUGAACAAGUCAUAUAUCAAGGCUCCAUUUCUGAAUCUCCAGAGAUCAGUAGUGCAGGAGGAAGCCUUUCGGAGAGUGAAGGAAACUCAGAUAUCAAUAGAUCCAUCAGGCUCAUUAAAUUGAGUCCCACAGAAACUCAUACAGAGCAAAUCAUCUUCAAAGGACCCAUUUCUGAAACAAUGAGCAAUCAUUUUCAGACAGAAGGGUCAUCAGAGAGCAGCCAGUCUAUAAGGCAUAUUAAAUUAGGACCCCAGGAAACAUCUUUGACUUUUCAAAUGGAUGUCACUAAUGUGGCGGGAGUGCCUGUGGUGGAAGGGAGAACACAAGCAGCUACAGUCACUGUAUCAAAUAGGAAGGAGCCUGAUGUCAGACAGCCACAGGUUGUGGUUGAAAGUGACCAGAAAGACACUGACGGUGAAAGUACCAAAGAAGCAAGUGUUUUUCCUGAUGCUUCCCAGGCUCAUGGUGAACAAGUAACAGAGAAGUCAGCAUUUGAAAAAAGCGUACAACUGCAAAGACUUGUAGACCAAAGGUCAAUGAUUUCUGAUGAAAAGAAAAUUGCACUUGUGUAUCUAGACAAAGAAGAAGAGGGGGAAGAAGAUAAUGAUGGAGACUGGUUCUGAAAGGACGUUUUAAUAUAACCUUGCUUAUCAGCUUGUUCAUCACAGAGAUUUUUGACUGCCGUCUUUUUAAAACGAACUGUCCCACUACUACACCAACAUUGGACUGACACAUUUUAAAUCCAAGCCUCAAGAUAUCCACCAUCCUUUCCCCUAAUUUGUGAAAGUUCUUUAAGGGAGGGCUCCCUCUAUUGCAAAUUCUUUUUUCACUGACCUGUUUCCAGUUUCUUCAGUCUCCAGGACAGGAAGUUUCUGCUGGAGAUUUUUCAGGAUCUUUUUUUUUUUUUUUUUUUUUUUUAAAUUUUUAUAUUGAGCUAAUCCACAAGUGAGAGUCUGAACUGGAUUUUUCUAUCAACUUUUGAACACUGUGUUGUACUGGGAUACUUAAAGAAUUCAGCACUUCUGUUUAGAUUUCAAAGUAUUAACCACAGGCAAAAUGAGUCACAAUAUCUCUAUUGGAAGAGUAUUAGAAUAAGGCAUACAGGCAAUUGAUUUUUAAGUUCCAUUUUCAUGUGCUCAUGUACAAUAGUAAAAUCUUAGGAAAAAUUAAACCAUUACAACUAUGAAGUAAAACUCUUUCUAAGCAAACCACGCAUAGCAAAAAUUUAUGGUAACCUUUGUCACCUUUAUAGUUAGAACCAGACACAAUAAAGCAAAGCAGGAAGACUACAUCAGUCAUAUUGUUUUCAGGAAAAUGUUUGGUUUGCCUUUACAAAGUGUAAUAUUUUUAAUAUUUUUAGAGAGAAUCAGUAGGCAAAUGGAUAAAAACCAUAGGCUAAAUCCUAGUUACAUUGAAAUCAGUGGUAAAAUCCCUCCAACUUCAAUGACUCUACAUUGUGAUAUGUGAAAUGACUAGUCUCAGUAUAUAGUACUGUUCUGAUGUUAGGUAUUGCAAGUACCUAAGGAGAGUGGGAUGGCAUAUACCAUACGGUAUAAUGCCUUCACACAAUGGGAUUAGCUCAAGUGUGGUUCUUCUCUGACAAGUGACUGAAAAAAUGGCAUUUUUUUUCCUAACUGUAUAUUCAACCUAGGACCUGAAAGUCACUCGUCACGGUUCUUUCUGACUUCUUAUCACCAGUAAUAGAUUUUUCUUGGGCCACACUCUGCCUUCAGUUACAGCACUUGAAAUGCCAUUGAUUUUACUGCGUUUGCUCAAGUGUGUAACUGAGGAGCAUAUUUCAGUCCUGCAAGUAGAACUGAGUUAAUUAUUUGGGAGCUCAAUCAAGAAUAGAAUCCAGCUCAUUCUCUGGUAGCUGUACUGCUUCUGCAGUGCUCACAGGAGCAAAAAGAGUAACACAAAUUUAUUGUUGACACUAAAAUAAGAUCUGACUCUGGGUUUGCCUACUCAGCAAAAGCUGGGCAAGGGCUAACCUGGAGCUAGCUUGAAUCCCGCUAGCCUGUUAACAUAACAGUAGUGAAGACCGUGCAGCAUGGGCUUCAGCGCGGACUCGCAAGCUGAGAACCUACCCAGGGUCUCUGCCAAACUUGUAGUACCUGUGCUGAAGCCCGUGCUGUGCUCUCUUCGCUGCUGUUGUUACCUGUGCUAGCUGGAUUUAAGCUAGCUCGGUAGGCUAGACCACGCACAGCUUUUGUUGUAUACACAGAGAGUUAGAUAUACUGUACAGAGUAAGAAGCUGCCAUUUUUAUACAGACAUGCUCUGAAAGUAGAACCACACGUUCAACCCAGACAGCCCUAUUGCGCCAGACUAUUACCCUUUAACUUUGAAUUCCUUUCUUGUGGUUUGGUUUUGGUCACAAGCGCAAUGUUACUUAAACAUAGUUUGUGUUUGUUUAACGCAAAUUACAAUCCAACUAAAUUAUUUUAUUGUGGUGUGGCCUUCAUUAACUUCUCAGUUUCUUUCGUAUCAGUAGAAGUUAGAUUUUUUUAUAAAAACUGACUACUACUUUGCAGUACUGACUUAAAUGUGAAGUGGAGAUAGAUGACGUAUAGUUUAACAUCUUAACCUAUUUUUCAUAUGAGACAAACUAGUGUAUUAGGAUCUGCCUUCAUUACCAAGAUUGAGACUCUACCAGGUAUCUUCAAGUAAUUAUCAGCAUUUCAAGGUUUAAAUAUAGGGCUUUGUCUGCACUGCAAAAUUUUGUAUCUGUUUUCCAGCACUGAUGCGGUUACAAUGGUGUAAAUGCAGUGUCUUCAGCACUGUGUGGUCUGAGAUUGUUCUCUGAGCUGGGAAGAGAGGGAGCAGUGACCCUAGUGCUGGAAACAAAUACGAUGUUGAGUAGUGCAGAUGCAUCCAAGGUGUGCAUGCCACAUUUAUUUUAUGUUCUUAAUCACAUAACGGAUAUAUUUGUCAGAAUUAUUCAUAUAUGCUUCUGUAAAACAUACUUUUGCUACCAUUGACAGAUAAGGGGCUCAUGAAUGAUUACAGCUCAAAGAAGAGCUUAAAAUUCCAUUGCCUUAGUCUAUCCUCUCUGGAACAGGGUUUAAAAAAAAAUCUAAAAAAAAAAAUGCAUUUUUAGAUUUUAAAAAAUUCCUAUAUGGGAGUUAGGCAAAAGUUUUCAAACAUGGUUGCUCAGUUAGACAUGUAAUUUCAUACUUUGAUAGAAUUUUAUUAAAAUAUUUACUUAAACAUAAUUUAGGUAUCUAAUUUUAGGCACACAGGUUUGAAAAGUAUCAGCUUUAGUUUUCUGCACAUUUGGUUUGAAGUUGAAACUUAAAAAAAAGCUCUCUUAAAAUAGACAUAAGGAUAGCUGCAGAAUAUGUAUUCUCCUGCCACAAAUAAGAAGGCCAAUAAUAUCAACCCGAUUUAUUGAUGCCUCAUGGAAACCUUUGAGACCUAUUUUCUUUAGAAACAAUUCUACUGAUGCUAGAUUGUAUUUAUCUUCCAUUGUUCAGAGAAUUAGGACAUCAGGUGAAGGACAAACCGGCAAGGAGUAAAUGAAUUAUAAGUUCCUGUUUUAUACAGAUGUCCAUAGUACUGAAGGAGAAGAAAAAAGAGACCAUAUCGGUAUUGUUUCUAAAUAAAAUGUUUGCAAGGAGGCACCAGCUGCUCUUUAAAAUGUCCUUUAACAGCACAGACCUACUACAUCUGAUAAGUUAUACUGAAAUGUAUUUAUGUUGUUGGUUGCUUUAGUUGUUUGGAGAGGAAAAGGUUUGUUUCAUAAAUGUAAGUGCUUUAAUUCUAGAUUGAAUCAGAAUUUUAAUCUGCUGCUUGAAGAGUUUAGGUUUGUCACAAUGAAUUGGAAAAGCACAGUAACAUAGUCAUUCCAAUGGAUGAGUCCCCUCAAACCAUGAAAACUAGGAGGUUUAACGAAAGAAAGAUAUAAGCCUUGAAGAAGACUGUGUAAUCAACAUAUUCUCCAUUUGAAUCCCAUUAACACGAGCCUUAUGUCAUCCCAGUUUUCAGUAACACUGAAGGUGAAAGAGCCACAGAUCUAUUUUAUUUUUUUGCAUGACAGCCACCUUUGGGUAACGACUCUUUCAGGAAACAGAGAUAGUGACUUGGGCCCUGUUGUUGCAAUUUGAUCUGUGCAGAUUCCACCUCCAUCUGGAUGUGUUAGCACAGUGGUUUUCAGCCUGUGGUCUACGGACCCCUGGAGGGCUGCAGACUGUCUUAAGAGGUCCAUGAAAGGGUGUUGUUAUCAUAGAACAGUGGUUUUUAACCUGGGGUCUGCAGACUAUGUCAAAGAUUUCCAAAGGGAUCCGCACCUCCAUUCAAAAUUUUUCAGUUGUGAACCCCUAAAAAAAGUUGAAAACCGCGGUGGUAACAGAAUCCAGGCCUUAGUUGACAUGCUUUUAUUCCUAGCCAGAGCAAAUAUAACCUACUCCUCUGAGGUUUUUUUUUUUUUUUUUUUUUUUUUUUUUUAAAUACUGACACAUGCCCUAUUUAACAGCUUUGUGUGUAAUUACUUUAUUGAUAGCAUGGAGCUGGAAGGAUUGAUAACAUGGCCUCAAUUAGCACACAGUGUUGAAGCUUACUCAUAGAAACUUUGCCAUUUUUUUUUUCACUAAAUACAAAUAAGGUAAUUGCUGCAUUUGAAUUUAACAAAUAGAAUUUUGUUAAAAUGUAACUACUAGUUUAUUCAGUAGGAGUUUGUAUUUAUAUGCUUGAGGUAGUUUACCUCAGAAGUGGGGGACUAUAUUAAUCUUUAAACAUGUACACUUUUGGAUUUGAAAGCAAAUAAAACGGGAGUAUACACGUGUAAGAAGAGAGAUAUAUGAGAGAGCUACAGCUCUGUACAAAUUGAUGUUUUCUAUAGCAGGUGUUUAAAAGACUGUAGACAUGUUGAAGCAGGGUUUGUUGAUGUCAGCUAUGAGACUUUGCAGGCAGCUUGUGGUAUGGUCAUUUACGAUGCAGUCUGCGUUGCUGUUGUGGUUUCAUGAUUUUUGCACUUUUUUCACAUUCAGUAUUAAACAAUGAAAAAGAA